GUACUGGCAUGCUUAGCUCUGGAUUUCCUUCUGAUAGGACUGGGCAUGUCCAUCAGUUUCGUAACAAUGGUGUUACCAGAGGUGCUCGACGCUAAGGAAGGAGUAUCCAUUAAUGAGAAACAAGCAUCGUGGUUUGGCAGUUUGGCGUUCCUCUGUCAGCCAAUCGGCAGCAUCUUCUCUGGGCCGCUGCUCGACUAUUUUGGAAGGAAGAAAGCCUUGUUCAUCGUCAACAUUCCACAUUUGAUAGCAUGGCUGUUGAUGUACUACGCUUGGGAUGUACCCUCGUUGUUCAUCGGGAAUGCCUUAUUGGGCAUAGGCACGGGGAUUAUGGAAGCGCCGUCAGUCACUUACGUGGGAGAAGUCAGCGACCCGUCCAUCCGCGGUAUCUUGACGACCCUCACGAACGCCUUCACGUCUACUGGCAUGUUCGUAGCUUACUGUCUGGGCACGGUGCUACCGUGGCGACAAGCUGCGCUGGUUUCGUUAACAGUGCCUUUAACUACCAUGGUCCUGGUUUUGUUUGUACCAGAGACUCCAAUAUGGCUGCUAUCUAAGGGUCGUCAGAAAGACGCUCUGCAUUCCCUCUGUCGCCUUCGAGGCUGGGCGAAACCCGAAGACGUCCAAGAGGAGUUUGAUCAACUUCUUCAAUACAAUGACGUAAUCCAACAAUGUGUUAUUUGCACCAAAGAAGACAGAUUAUCCGUAGAAGAUUGCGAACACAAAAACGCGAAUGUGUUCAGAAGAAUCAUGUUCAAAUUCAAGCAUGUGCUAUUAGUUAAGGAAACGAUGCGACCUUUUACUUUAGUGAUGGCAUAUUUCCUAUUCCACACGAUGAGUGGAUUGCUACCAGUGAGACCGAACAUGGUCAAUAUUUGUAAAGCUUUAGGAAUGAAGUACGACUCCAAAACUAUUGUGGUCCUAGUUGGAGCAGUAUUCAUACUCAUGAGCCUCUUAUCAGCAGUAAUAGUGAAGACGAUAGGAAAGAGGAAGUUAAUCCUCGGUUCUCUAUUCGCCACUGCUUUAUGCAGCCUCGGUCUUAGCAUUUACGCGAGAACGAGCAUAUCACCCGACGUGUUUUCAUACGAAUCGAUCACGUUUACUGAAAAGAAAGAAAUACUUCCACUGUUCUUGUUUAUGGCACUGGUGUGCUUCACUAGUCUUGGGAUACCAUGGAUACUGCUGUCCGAAGUGUUUCCUUUUAGGAGCCGCGGAGUCGCCACGGGUACUGCAGCUGCCUUUUGUUAUACUAUUUUAUUUCUAGCAUCUAAAACGAAUUAUAAUUUAGAAGCUACUUUUCAUCUCAGCGGUGUUUUUGCUAUUUAUGCUACUUUUGCCUUUGUCGGCACGAUUUACCUUUACUUUUUCUUGCCUGAAACUGAAAAUAAAACUUUGGUGGAAAUAGAAUCAUACUAUAAAGGUGAAACAAAGAUAUUUGCUGACGAUUUCUUUAUUAACACCUUUAGAAAGAAACAGAGCAAAUUAAGCGAAGCGAGCAAACCAAUGCUAGUCAAGUAAUUUAUUGACUAUUCACAGGGAUGGUAGAGUUAUCAUCAGUUAGCGAUCGUAAAGGCUUGCCGAUACGAUUAUAAGCAUAUUAAUUAUCAAAAUUAAGACCCAAUUGAUAAUGAAUUGUACUUGCAGGAGUUUUCGAUCGCUAACUUUGUGAAGACUACUUCCCCGGAUGAAAAUAUGAGAUUUUUACUGUACUGUGUACAGAGCACCAAAUGUGCUAAUAAAUGAUAUUGUACAUACUAUUCUAAGCUUUAAGUUAACCUUAUAAAGGCAUAAUAAUAAACAGGGAAAUUACGAAUUGUAACAUUAGCCAAUUACUUGACAAAAAUAUUUUAAGAAAAGAAUUAGGGUUUUCAAAUUUUGUUUAUGAUGUCUAUACUUAGGUGUGAUUGUAAGGCGUUUUAGUGCCUAACAUCAUACUGCCAAUAAAAUUGUGUUCGUAAUAAUUUACUGUUUAUUAGAAUAAAAUUGUUAUAAUUUUU